UAGUAGCCGGACAGCAAACCAAAAAUAUGCAAGAAAACCCAUCCAGUAGUCCUUUUGAGAGAAGGAUGGAAAGUUAUCAAACCCAAGAUUCUAAUGACUUGCACCAGUUAUGGCGUCCUCGUGAAGAAGACCUUGAGAAACUUUAUCGAGUUCCGUUGGGUUUGACCAACGAACAACUUGUUGAAAAGUUGCAACUAUUUUCAGGGGAAGGAGAAGAGAAGACGUUGUUUGUUUGGGUAAACAGAGACUUGUUGGGCUAUCGCUUUUUAUUUUGGUUGACCGGAAUGGUGUUGAAAGAAAAGCAAGAUGGAGAUGUAGAGCAUGCAAACAAACUAGAGAUUAUAAGAGAUUGGGUUAUUGAAAGUGUCGUGAAGAUAGAUCGAUUUCUAGUGAGAAGAGUGAAACAAGCAGAAGAAAAACUAAAAAGUUUAAUUCAAGACUACGAUUCUUUUAAAACUUCACCGGAGAAGAAACUGCUUCAAAUAACUGGACAAAGCGAAAUGGACUUUGUUUGUCUCUGGGUAGUUGUGUAUACCGCAGUUAUAGCGUGGAAACUGAGAGCAGCCCAAACAGAAAGUUCAGCGACCCAUCCUUCUUCCAUAGUUGUGAGCGAAUGUCGUCAUUUGUUGGAACAAAAAGACGUGUUUCAAAGGAAAACUCCGAAAGGGUUGAAAUUAGUCGCACAACUAUUUGAUAGGUCGAUAGAGGAACUGAAUCCGAGGUUGAAGACACUUGGAGACACGGAUAUUCGAGAGAUUGGUCGCCUGAUGACCAUUUUGGAGUUACUUCCAGCAGACCCGUAUCGUCUGUUGUGUAGAAUUGCUUGUAAUCUUUAUGACGGUGCAAUUCUACUUCAAUACGGAGUGGAGAAUUAUCAGAUUGGUUCCGUACGCUUUGGUUUAGAUCCUUAUUCUUUUGACUCUGAAUCGAAAAUACCCAAAUUGAAUAACCCUUUUAUCACCAUUGGAAAAUGAAUACUCAAGUUUUGGUGUAAAGGAAUAGAUAAGUUUGAAGAUGAAAUAGAUGAGUUUGGGAAGUUCAAGUGGAAAGGAGUGAAUAAAUAAACCACAUCUUGUUGAAAAUAUACACACGUGAAUCAAU